GACGCCGACGGGCGCGACGGCGACGGCUGCUCCCUGCUGCAGUGGGCGGCCAUCAACAACCGCCUGGCCAUCGUCGACGAGCUCCUGCGGCGCGGCGUCGACGUCGACGGCCACGGCGGCGUCCUCGACGAGACGGCCAUGCAGUGGGCGACGCGCCACGGCCACGUCGGCGUCGUCUGCCGGCUCCGCGAGGCGGGCGGCGACGCGACGCACCGGGGCAACGAGGGCGGCGCCGCGGUGCACCUCGCCUGCCGCUACCAGCAGGUGCGCGUGCUCUGCUACCUCCUCGCGCGCGACGUGUCGUCGACGGCGGCGGCCUCGGGGCUCCUCGAGGCGCUCGACGCGCGCGGCCGCACGCCGCUCAUG